AUGAUCAGACCGAUGUGUUCCACAACUCCUGCCACAAACGACAAACUCAAUUGCUCGGCACCCAGUGCUCGAGAUGCACCAACGCCAUUUAGGUCAUGGGGUACUUUCAAGCGAAACCGUGUCAGGCAAAGGGGUUGUGAUGGUAUCAGGUAUUGGAGAUGA